UCACGAUCAAAUAACUGAAAAUUAGCUCAUUUAGUAAGUGCCUGCAAUAGGGAAAAGGGAAGUUAGGUGUGCUUUGCCUCUUCACUUCUUGUAUAUAACCAUGACUUACUAAAGCAUCCCAAUCUCCAGUCUCUAGCAUUCUACCUUCCGCCAUGGAAUAUAUUAACCACCUCUUCUUCCUCCUCUUGGUUUUGAUAUCUGCCUCAGCUGCCAAUGCUGCAACUUUCACACUCCAAAACAGAUGCAGCACAACCAUAUGGCCCGGGACUCUCUCGGGAAGGGGGCCUCUCCUCAUCAAUGGAGGCACUCAGUUAAACCCCGGGCAGUCCAUAACAUUUGAUGUGCCACAUCAAUGGUCAGGCCGAUUCUGGCCACGAACCGGAUGCUCAUUCGGCCCCAACAACCACAAAUGCUCGACUGGCGAUUGUGGUGGUGGCUUGUUACAGUGCAAUGGAGUAGGUGGCGAGCCACCAGCAACACUCGCAGAGUUCACUCUCGACGACCUCAAUUUCUACGACGUCAGUGUCGUUGAUGGAUUCAACAUCCCGGUAUCGAUAUAUCCGUCUGGUGGGACGGGAGACUGCAAGAAAGUGGAGUGCUUUUCGGACUUGAACACGAGUUGUCCGCAGGAAUUGCAGGUGGUGGAUGAUGGAGGACGGGUUGUUGCUUGUAAAAGUGCUUGCACUGCGUACCAUACUCCCGAGUAUUGUUGCACUGGAGAGUAUGGAAACCCUCAGAGUUGCAAGCCGUCCAGCUUCUCGAAGAUUUUCAAAGCUGCUUGCCCUAGUUAUUAUAGCUAUGCUUAUGAUGAUGCUACCAGCACUUUCACUUGUAGAGGUGCUACUGGUUAUUUGAUCAGAUUUUGUUGAAAAAACCUUCCUUACUCUACCUAUAUGAUCAAUAAAUUCAUCAAGUAGAGCAUAACUUUUUCAGAGAAACCAUGCACCUUUUCAAUAAACGAGAAUGUCGUCAAUGAAGAUAUCAAGAUGAUAUAAUGCAGAACGAUGAACAAAAAUUAUGCAGCAACUAAGAAAACUGCAGCAUGAUCAACUAGGAGAAGAAUGCGAUAUCUCUUACCUCUGACUAAAAGCUAUCAAUUCAUAAGCAAAAAUCAUCAGUAUUUUCAGAAGCCAAACAAAGAGAGAAGAACAUUCACAAAAUGCAUGGUGGUUCCAAGGAACUCAUUCCAGAUAUAACAAUAGAUUCCAAACAAACUCCGCAAAAUCAGUUACAGAAAAAUGCCACAACUAUGUGCUCGAUGUUCAUCAUAUCAAACAAACAAAAAUCACCAGUUUCAUUUUCUUCAACUAUGCAUUUCUGAUUCCAUACAGAAAACUUGCACUCUACAUACCUAUGCAGUAAGUGAGAUUCAUCAAAAGGAAGUGAAAAGAUCAAUGAGAUAAGUACAACAACAAAAUCUCUAAAACAGCAGAAGAUCACAAGUAAUUCCGCUUGUUUCACAUAUGCCGGCCAAUGCAGAUUGCAGCGAAGUACCUGCAAAAGAUGGAGAGAGCCAAACAAGACAUCACAAGCCUUUUAUGAUGUUGUGCAACAUCUGUAACUACUCGUUCCUCCAGCUCGUGGCAAUUCAUUGUUGACAGCAAGCUCAGUCCCCUUGAGAAGCGAAGCAUCCCCCUUCUCGUGUUCCUCAUUGGGAAGAAGGUUCUUCUUACUAACAAUUCGAUAUAUCUCAGUCAAGACCGAGACGAAAGCUGGCUCAACAUUAGUGGCCUCGAGUGCCGAUGUCUCCAUGAAGAACACAUUCUGUGACUGAGCAAACUCCUUGGCAUCCUCAGUUGAGACAGCUCGAAGGGACCCCAAAUCGGACUUGUUUCCUAUCAGCAUGACAACUAUACUAUCACCAGCAUGCUCCCUGAGUUCAGAUAACCACCUCGCCAUAUGAUCAAAAGAUUCUCGCUUUGUUAUGUCAUAAACCAGCAGAGCCCCUAGUGCUCCUCUGUAGUAUGCACUUGUUACUGCUCGGUACCUGGAAAAAUCGGCCACAAGAAACUAAAUAAAACCCC